CAACAUCUUUGUCUGGAUAUUUAUGCUAUGGUAGACUCCCUUGAGAUAAAAAUUACCCCCCCUUCUGGCCCAUUUUUUAAUGCAAAACAGCAUUGGAUGGGUGCAUAUACCAUGGAUCCUGAUGUCUGCAAGCAACUCUUUGAAGCACACAUCCCCAUAUGGCUAGUCUGGAAGCCAGAGUUAGUGCCAAAGGAUAUGAAGAUACAUUGUGAGGUUGACAUU